AUGAGGCUACACGCGCUCCUCCUCACAGCGCUCGUGCUGCGUGCACGCGCCGCCUCCCUCCCAGACAAAACAGACGUCGAGAAGAAACUCACCGACGUCGUCAAAGAGGUUCUCGACAAAGACAAACCAGUAGACAACGUAUCCAGCGAACAAGAGUUAAUCGAUCAGACCAACGUCGUCAAAGAAAUCGAAAACAAUCUCCGCAACAACGCGCAGAUAGCCGACAUCCCCGUCAAAGUUGUCGUCGAAGAUGUCCAACCUUCAGUGAAGAAUGACGGCGACAAGAAGGAGGACAACGAGGUGGCUCCCGCAAGCGAAGAGUCCGCUGAAAUCAAACGUCCAGAAAUCGAUAUCAAAAAUCCAGGUCCACCUCAACACAUGGAGCAUGAUACUCAAAACCCAGAACAUUUCGAGGACGUUCAGCAAGUAGAAGCCCUCAAAGUACAUGCCUUGAACGGCUGGUGGAGGAGCAGUCCACAAUAUGACACCCUACAAAAGGAACUGCAAACAUUGAAAGACAACUUCGAUAGUCAAAUUGUUGAGUUAACCAGUACAAUUCAAAAAUACUGGGGCCAAUCUGCACAACCUUCAGAACCAGAAAAACCUGAAUCUAACGAUUCUGAUCAGAAAGAAAUCGUCAAACUACGAGCGAGUGUGAAGGCUGAUGGUGACACGGCCUCGUCUACAGCCGCUCCGCCAUCCUCUGGAUUCCCGCCAUUCAUUCCUCAGUUCAUCCAGAACUGGUCGCAGCAAUUCACGGAAAACAUCAACAAGCUCAACCAAACAUUUGCCUCGUACGUUAACAACCAAACCAACCAGUUUAACGUUGGUAACGGUAUCAAUAACACGAAUAACGCUAACUGUGGUGGUCCUUUCAGUGGGUUCCUGCCCGGCUCGAACCAGCCAGCUGGCGCGCAGUCGGACGACCCCAGGCCACCAGGCUUAUGGCAGAAUAUACAGAACUUCUUCUCAGGCCAGCCACAGCCCCCUGCCCCCGUGGGCGCCCAGGCGGAUACUCCCCAGGCCCAGCCUAACCGGCCAGUGAUCUCGGCGAUUCAGAACGCGAUUCAAACAGGCGUGAACUACUUGCGUCCCCCGGGCCAAGCGCCGGCACCUCAGCAAUCAGUCAACAGCCAGCCACCGAAGCCGGUGACUCAGGAGGGGAGUAACGCCGUGCCUGUUGAGUCUAAACCGGAGAAUGAGAAGCCAAAGGAGAAACCUGUAGCGCAAGCCCAGCCGGCUCAGCAGGUGACACAGAGUGGACCGAUCAAACAGCUGAUCGGGAACAACCCCAUCGCGCAGGGUAUCGUAGGGGCUGUGCAGAGGAUACAGCACACCAUCAUCCCCGUGAAGCCUAGAGACGAGGAGGUGAAGAAGCCUGUUGACGCAGAGGCGCAGGCCACCAAGGGUGGGUUGUUCUACAAACCUGUAAAACCCAUAAAUAACUCAGGUGCUUCAGUGACUGCGUGGAGCAAUUUCGUCAACAGUCUCAUAGGUACGAUAGGUGCAGUUAUCAACGGGACCACCACAACUAUAUCUACGGCUGUCAACAGUGCUAUCAAUACUAUUGGCACCAAUAUCGAGGGGAUAAUAACAACGACGGGAGCGGGGUAGUGGUCAAGAGUGUGCCUGACUUGGAGAAACAAGAUGUUGAUGCCAAGGAGCCCGUAAAAGAGGAAAUCAAAGACCCCGCGGUCCCCGAAAAGACUGAAUAAGUCGUAGUGUGAUAUAAGC